AUGCGCCUGCAUUACCUUGCCGUGGUCGCCGCUGUCCUCCUCGCAUCCGUUUUUAAUGACGCCGCUGCAAGCACCGACUCCAAGAUCGUCUCUAGUGGCCAGAAGAAGGAUUCCUUCUCGAACCGAGCGCUGAGGAAUGGUGCAACGACUGUGAAUGGUGAAGAGAGGACGUUUAACCUGGAAAUGCUUGCAGGUUGGGCCAACGCACUCACCAGAUCGAACGUCGAUGAGCAGCUCCAGAAGAUGCUGGCACAGAAGACGUCCGCGGAGCAAGCGUUUAAGCUGUUCAAGCUCGACGAGAACAUUGACAAGGUCCUCACCAGCGGAAACGUGAAUAGUUGGGCCAAGUAUAUCGGCAUGCUCAAGAAGCAGAAUCCGGAAGCGGAGGCUUCGAUGGUUCGCACAAUUGUCGCGACCUACGGAGACGACGCAGAGGCGAAAAUGCUCGUGAAUGCCAAGAACGAGCCGGCUACGGAGAAAAUUGCCACCGAGCUGCAGGCUGCGCAGUUUAAGCAGUGGAUGAAGAAGCCAAUGUCUCCAGACGAGGUUGAUGACUUGCUGAAGACGAAUCCGACGGCGUUAGACAAGAACCUGAACGAACAGAUUGUACAAGGGUACGUAAAGGCGAUCUUUGGUGAUCUCAAGGACCUGAACCUUCAGGGUAUGACCCUGAAGGACUUGAUGUCCAUGAACGUAAGGGCAAAAUAA